AUGUCGCCUCCUCCUGCUCCAACGUACAUCCGAUCUCUUCUUGGUAUCCCAGACACGGUUCCAAGCGUGACGGAUAGCGUGCUGAUCAUUAUUGAUGCGCAGAAUGAAUAUGCGAAUGGUCUGUUACAAGUCGCGGAUGUCGACUCUUCUCGAAAGGUCAUACACAAGCUCCUCCAAAAGUACCGAGACGCCAAGGCACAUGUUGUGCACGUAGUACAUGACGCUCCAGCAGGAGCACCAAUCUUUACUCCCAACACGCCGCUUGCAGAAAUUAUCGAUGAAUUGCAGCCACUGUCCGACGAACCGGUCGUUCAUAAGGUCCACGCGACUGCUUUCACAGGCACAACGCUGCAGAACGUUCUGAGCGAGUUGGGCGCAAAGAAUCUCGUCCUGACCGGUUACAUGGCACACAACUGCAUCUCGGCAACCGCCAGAGCCGGCGCAGAGCUGGGCUACAAUGUCUACGUUGUCAGAGACGCCGUCGGUGACAGACAUCUUCCAGGAAUUGAUGCCGAGUUGCUGGUCAAGGUGUCCCUGGCAGAGCUGGCUGAUGUGGUUGCAACGAUUGUCGAGUCGAAAGAUAUUUGA